UCUAGUUCCAUCAUUCUCCUCAUGCUCCGUUCGUAAUUGAUGACCCCUUUUUCAUGUAUAUCUCCACUUUCCUCUUCUGGUUCGGUCAUUCACAUGUCACAGACUUUCUUCGAAGCUUCAAAGCCUUCUUUUCUUCUCAGUUCUGAUUCUGAUUUCAUGCUUCUAUAGCCUCAUUCGUGCUAUUUUAACCAAUGGGAGCUUGCUGCGACCUCGAAGUAGACGUCAACGGUGAAGCAACUUUCAUGGUGAACAAGAAUAUUCUUUCUUCCUUCUCCAGUUUAUGUAGCAACUUAUUUGGUAAUUUCAUGGGUAAAAAUGAAGUCCUUAAAGUUAUCUUCAAUGACUUUCCAGGAGGAGCACAUGGUUUUGAGCUCAUUGUACGGUUUUGCUACAGUGGCACAAAAAUGGUGAUUACACCUUCCAACAUAGUCCUGCUUUAUUGUGCUGCUCAUUUCAUGGAAAUGCACUGUGAUGGUCCUUCUGGAACAUCAAAUGUGAUAUCCCAAAUUGAAAAAUUCCUUGAAGAAGGGAUUCAUUUAUGGACUUGGUUUGAGCUCCUUGAAGCAUUAAGACAGUGCCAAGAGUACUCAAUUUCUUCAAAAAGUUACUUCACAAUUCUGGACAGAAUUGUAGAUCACCUUAUAGAGAGGCUUGUGAUUUUGCCAAGCACUUCAAGCCCAUAUACAUGUUCUUCUAAUAGAUCUAGUUUCCAGUUUUCAUGUGAAACUAGCAGUAACAACAGCUGGAGAAAUAACUGCUCUGGGCCUUCUUGGUGGUUCGAACAUCUUCUAUUCUUGAAGGUUGAUUUGAUUGACAAGAUAGUAAGGUCAAUGAUUUCUCAUGAUUUUGAUCAUGCUCUAGUCUCUAAGUUUUUGUUUCAUUACCACAAAUUAAGUUGUAUUGGUGCUGUAAAAUCAAAGUCAAAGAUGGAGAGUGCUGAGACAACUGAGGUUGUGAUCAAUCUGCUUUCAUUGCUUGAUAAGAGGUCCUUUUCUUUCAAAGACUUGUUCAGUCUCUAUCAUGUCGGUGUCAAAUUGAGAAUAAUUAGUUCAUGCUGCAAAAACAAAAUAUUAAGUCUUAUAGGUCCCUUUCUGGAUCAAGUAGCAAUUGAUUAUCUGCUUCUUCCACCUCCAAAAGAGAGGAAGCAUGCAUUUGAUGUCGAUUUUGUACUGAGGCUUGCACAAGUAUUUGUCAACGAAGGCGAUUUUGGGAUAUCUUUGGCUAGACUUAAGAGAGUGGCGAAAACAAUGGACUCAUUUCUGAUUGAAGUUUCUCCGGAUUGCCAUCUCCAGCCAUCUGAAUUUGCAGAAUUAAUUACAGUUCUCCCAGAUGCUGCAAGAGAAUCUCAUGAUCUGUUAUACCUAGCCAUGGACAUUUAUCUGAAGGUUCACGCAGGGCUAACUGAAAAGGAAAAGAUUAGUAUCUGCUGUGCACUGAAUCAUGAGAAGCUGUCAGCUGAACUUUUGAGGAAUCUUACAAGAAACUUGGUAUUUCCUGCACAAGCAAAACCCAGAAGUCAUGCUCAUACACAACAACAACAACAACAACAACAAGCCUUUAUCCCACUAGGUGGGGUCGGCUACAUGGAUUGCAAGACGCCAUUGUGCUCUAUCAUUUAUUAAGCUUUUAGAAAUAUUAUUAAUUAAGAGAUCACGUUCAACAACUUCCAAGAGUGUUCUCUUAGGCCUUCCUCUACCUCUCUUAAUCGGACUCAAAGUUAUAUGUUCCACUCUUCUCACUGGUGCCUCCCUUGGCCUUCUUUGUACAUGCCCAAACCAUCUCAACCGAUUUUCUACCAUUUUUUCCUCAAUAGGUGCCACCCUCACUUUUUCACGUAUGUGCUCAUUUCGAAUUUUAUCUUUACGUGUAUGUCCGCACAUCCAUCGUAACAUUCUCAUCUCUGCUACUCCAACUUUAUGCUCUUGCUGUCCCGUUAGAGCCCAGCAUUCACUACUAUAUAACAUUGCCGGUCUGAUAGCAGUACGAUAAAACUUUCCUUUAAGUUUAUUAGGCACCUUACGGUCACAAAUAACUCCUUUAGCUUUUCUCCAAUUAAACCACCCAGCUUGAAUUCUAUGUGAAAUAUCUCCACUGAUUUCGCCAUCAUUUUGGAUAAUGGCUCCCAAAUAUCUAAACUUUUCCACUUGACCAAAUAUCUAAACUUUUCCACUUGACCAAAGUCAUGCUCAUACACAAAGCAGAAUAAAAAACUUGCUCCAAGAGAAUGAUCAUCUGAAAUACUUUCUUGACUCACUGUUUCGUAAAAGCUUUAAGAACACAGAUGCUAAAGAGGAUUCUGAAACAAGAACUGCAGACGAUGGCGAUGAGUUGAAGCCUGAGGGGGAUUUGCAUGUAAUGCAAAGCGUAAUGAAGUCUGGAUGUCAUAUCAUGAACAACUCAAGAUACUUACCAAAACUCUGUUCAAGAUGAUUGGUUUGGAAUGUGAUACUGAGAUUUAUUUCUUUUGUCCAGUGUGGUUUUCCUCAGAUUUGGAUCUCAUAAAGUGAUGCUUUAAGUUGUGAGAGAGAGAGAGAAUUGAUGAAGAGAUAGCUCUGUUUUUGUGGGACUUGCAUGAUUAGAAGUAGGAUCCACCAUUUCACUGUCCUCCUUCCUCACGUAAAAGUCACUUAAGGGAUCCAGCCUUGGUCUUCCUCAGUGAUCAAUUUUCUAGAAUUAUGGAAGUACUUUUUGGUGGCCAAUACAUGUAAAGUUUUGCAUUGUAUAGAUAUUAUUUAUCAAAGAUUUCAAACAUAGU